AUGCUCAACCUUUGGAAAGAGGCUCUUGUUGGGGUACUCCUCAUAGAGUCAUUUGGCUCAGCCAUUGCUCUCCCACCUAGACCUCUUAUGCCCAAGUCAGACGAGCUCUCCCUUCAGGGUCAUCACAUUAAGCAGCGAGACAAUCUGUCCCCUCAUGCAGGACUCUUCAUUCGAGAUGAUGACGACGAUGACCCACCGAGGCCACCCAAUGGACCGCCCCGGCCUGAUAACAACCCGCCACCGCCGCGUCCUCCUCAAAGAGAUGAGGAUGACGACGACGAUCAACCUCGUCCUCAACAGACUCCUCCACCUCCCCCUAACCCUCCUAACCCUCCUCCUAACCCACCACCGAACCCAUCCAACCCGCCUCCCAAUCCCAAUCCGCCACCACCACCACCAGCUGUGACGAACAUGGAUGAUGAUGAGGACGGCUACGGUAAUAUGCGUUCGGUUCAGGUUGUGUUCAGAUUGAAUGAAGACAUGAAAAGCGAAUCAGGCCAGAGAAAUGCCAUGUCGGAAUCGACUUUGUCGGAUCUUUUCGAUAAGUUCGACUCGCGUGAUCGUUCAUCCGGCUUCAAGGCUUCUUAUCGUCAAUGCUGUUAUAUAUCAAGGAGCGGACCCUCGGAUUCACAGAAACUCUCGGAGUACGGUACUGAAGGCUGUAUCAGCACAGGCUUCAGCAGCCUAAUCGGCAAUUCAUCUGAAUUCAAUAUCAAUCAUCAAGAGCCUCAUGAUCAAGCUUCAUCUGGCUCUCACCAUACCGAGUUACACCCGUCUCCGUGUCGUGUUGCAUUCCGCAGCACUACGCUGUUUGACGCUGUCAGCAACCGAGCGCGAUCAAUUAACGAGACGACAUCAAAUUCUAUCAUCCAGAAGAAGCCAACUUUGGAAACCCACCAAGAACGCAACAGCCUUGGGAAAUUGCCACUGAUUGUCAUGAUGUCUUCACCCAGAGUCAAGGUUCGUACAAUUGUCAAAUUCCCUUGCCUCCACCACUAUUGGAUCACAUCAAAAGGUCUCCUGCUCAUAGAGACGAAACAGUCAUUCAGAAGGAGGAGAUACAGCGCUACGAAUACUGAAGACGUUCUCAAAGCGAGGCAAGACAAUGAGAAUGAGAAUGAGCCAGAUGAGAAGGACGAUGAAUGCGACGAUGACGAUGAUGAGAAGAAAUGCACAAGAACAAGAACCGGGCAGAACAGCACCGCAACAGUGACACAGACACAAGCACAGCCAUCUACAACGAGUACAAACCUUCCCAGUAAUACACCCGUUCCGCCUUCAUCGACGUUUGCCCUGUCGUCUCCUUCCCCUCUUCCACCUCCACCACCGCCACCGUCGGCCUCUUCGACGCAGCCAACAACCUUACUUACAUCGACGCUGAGCUUAGCUCCAUCUUUGGCCCCAAUCCCUCCGGCAACAAGUGUGCCGACUUCCAGCACACCUCUUGCCGCAGAGACAUCGACGUUAUCAUCCAACAUCAUUCCACUGCCAACAAGUCAAACACUAAGCACCAGUUCCUUAGUUACUGGUGCUCCGGCAACAACCGUAUCACCACCGCCUACACAAGCUAGUACCAGCUCAAACAAUGCCGGAAGGACAACUGGGAUCGUCUUUCUGAUUCUUGGCUUUUUCUUCUUCGGGAGGUGGCGGAGCCGUCGUCAAGCCCGUAAGACCGAGAAGGCAAAGUCCGUCGUGGGAGAGCCAACAGUUCCCCCUCGUCCGGACAGACCUGACAGACCUGAAGGCCCUGGUCUUCCUCCGCUGACCUCCAAUCCACCCAUGGCGUCACUUCCCCCUCCGCCCCCGUUCCAGCGAUCCUUUGGUCAGCCUCCUCCCAGGUCAUCAGAUAUCCGCGACUCAUCAGUAUCCAGCAGGUACGGCUUAGACCCGGGUCCAAGUUCACAAAGACAACAAGCACUGGAUCAGACCGACUCUACGAUGGCUGAUAUCACACCAUCAUCGAGAGAUGAGAAGCCACAAGCUACGUACGCGAUACCCGCAUUCUUUCAAUCUGCCAUAGAACGAAGGCAGAGAAAUGCAGCAAUGGCACAAGCCUGGGUGGAAAGCUGGCCUCCACCUCCAUACAUUGGUAGAAAGGAGCCAAGAGGGUCUUCCUUGAGAGGAAUGAUGUCAAGACUUUCCAGGACUUCGAAUGCAUCUGCAAUGUCACCAAUAUCGUCUUCGGGGCAGCAGACAUUCUCAACCGUCUCUCAGGAAUCUUUGAUCCUUCCUUGGCGAAGCUCCACCAGCUCAAGUAACUCUAGCUUGUCGAGCGGCUGGGGUGACGGGCCACUAAUACCUACGCCCGUUCUUGUGGCGGAGAAGCCGUUGAUCGGACGCAAAGUUUACAUGACCGCGGUGAAUCGGGGAAGUGAAGUUGCACCCGUCCAGCAGACGCCUACGCAAGUUGUAUGA